AUGGGACAACAGAAUUUGAUAUACAGCUUCGUGGCUCGUGGUACGGUGAUUCUCGCCGAAUACACCGAAUUCAAAGGCAAUUUCACUUCCGUCGCUGCUCAGUGCCUUCAGAAGCUUCCUUCUUCCAACAACAAGUUUACAUACAAUUGCGACGGUCAUACGUUUAAUUACCUCGUCGUUAAUGGCUUCACCUAUUGUGUUGUUGCUGUUGAAUCUGUUGGGAGGCAGAUUCCAAUGGCUUUCUUGGAGAGAGUUAAGGAGGAUUUUAACAAGAGAUAUGGUGGUGGAAAGGCUACCACUGCUCAAGCCAAAAGCUUGAACAGAGAGUUUGGGUCUAAACUGAAGGAGCACAUGCAGUACUGUGUGGAUCAUCCUGAAGAGAUUAGCAAACUUGCCAAGGUUAAGGCUCAAGUGACUGAAGUGAAGGGUGUUAUGAUGGAGAACAUCGAGAAGGUCCUUGACCGUGGUGAGAAAAUUGAGCUUCUAGUUGACAAAACCGAGAACCUUCGUUCGCAGGCACAAGAUUUCAGAACGCAAGGAACGAAAAUGAGAAGAAAGAUGUGGUUUGAAAACAUGAAGAUUAAGCUCAUAGUCUUUGGUAUCGUCGUUGCCUUGAUUCUCAUCAUCAUCCUCUCGGUUUGUCAUGGCUUCAAGUGUACCUGAAGCUUAAAAGAUUAAGAAGAAUUCGUCUCGUUGCGAGAUUACCAACCCCAUAUUGCUCUACUAAGCUGAUUAGAACUUCGCCUGGUAUAUGCCCUUUCUUUCUCUCUGUUUUCGCGGUCUAUCACUCUUUAUAUAUUUUCUUCAUUCGAUUUUCUUAGGGUAAAGAAAUGUGACGAUUCAGUUCUGAAAAUUGAUUCUUUAGGGUAUGAAUGUUUGGAAAUAGAUGUAAGCUGUUGGGGUUUGCUUUAAUAUAGAUUAGAUUUUUGUGCUAAUGGUAAUGAUAUAUUUUUUUGUAAUCUAAAAUCUAAUGAUGAGUUCUUACUGUUUUCUUCACU